AAAACAAAAAAAAAUUCGUACAACAAUAAUGUUGUUUCUAUAACCUACGAAUCAGAAAUUUUCUAGGGUUUUCCUCCAAUUCGAUUUGAAUGAACAAUUCUUACUUCGUUCACAAAUUCCGUCACUCUUCUAAACCAUACUACGCGAUGGAAGAUGAAGAAGAAGGAGAAGAAGAAUCACCGACGGAGCUAAACACGAUCAACGGUUUAAGCAAUUUUGUAAUCAUCUCUCCCGAUAAGCUUUCUCUCAAAUACACUGGCGUCGCCCAACACGGUCACGACGUCGGCGUUGUUCAGUCUAAUAAGCCUGCUCCGUGUAAGCGUCUCGCUUACUACUUCGAGAUUUUUGUCAAAGAUGCUGGUGUUAAAGGACGUGUCGCCAUUGGUUUCACUACCGAUAGCUUCAGAAUCGCGAGACAGCCUGGAUGGGAAGUCAACACUUGUGGCUAUCAUGGUGAGGAUGGACUUAUAUAUCUUGGAAAAAGACAAGGUGAAGCUUUUGGUCCGACUUUUACAACCGGUGAUACAGUCGGUGGCGGUAUAAACUAUGAUUCGCAGGAGUUCUUUUUCACGGUAAAUGGAACUCUCGUAGGGACUGUCUCCAAGUACAUCAAGGGUCCUCUAUUUCCUACUGUAGCUGUGCAUAGCCAAAAUGAGGAGGUUACUGUCAAAUUUGGGCAAGAGAAGUUUGCUUUUGAUUUUAAGGGAUAUGAAGCAUCGGAGAGGAAUAAGCAACAAAUAGAAUUUGAUAUGAUGUCCAUACCUCCAAACAUUUGUCAUGGGCUUGUGAAGAACUACUUGCUUCACUACGGGUACGAAGAUACUCUUCAUGCUUUUGACUUGGCUACUAAAAGCAUAGUUUGUCCUAUCAAUGGAGGUGUAGAAGAUAAUAUUGAUGUGCAAGAUACAUCGUAUGCAUUGCAUGAAAGGAAAAUUUUUAGACAGCUUAUAGGGAAGGGUGACAUUGAUGCUGCUCUUGCUAAACUCCGGGAUUGCUAUCCCCAACUUGUACAGAAUGAUAAAUCAGAAGUAUGCUUCCUACUUCACUGUCAAAAGUUCAUUGAAUUAGUACGGAUUGGAGCACUAGAAGAAGCUGUGAAAUAUGGAAGAGUGGAGUUAGCAAAAUUCAUUGGUUUAACUGCAUUCAAAGACAUUAUAGAGGACUGCUUUGCCCUGCUUGUAUACGAACGCCCUCAAGAAUCGACUGUAGGAUAUUUCCUAGCAGAGUCCCAAAGAGAAGUAGUGGCAGACGCAGUGAAUGCGGCAAUUUUAUCUACAAGUCCAAACACCAAAGAUCAGUCGUCGCAUUCUCGUCUGGAGACACUUCUCCGACAACUCACGGCUGGCGGUCUGGAAAUGCGGUCACUUAACGAUGGUCAAGGAGAAGUGUUCUCGCUUCACCAGCUUCUUAUGAACAACAGCAAUCGGAAGAGGACAAAAAAAACUGGUUAGCUUUAGCUGUCCAUCUUUGUACUUGACGGUGGUCGAGUCUGAACUGUUUCUUACGGUCAGAUGAAGUAGGCAGGCUAAAAUAAGCGGUCAACGUAGAUGGUUGAGAUCGGGUUAAGUUUGAACCUGUAGCCGUUGGAUUUUUUCGAUGUAAGACUUGAAGAACUAAAAAUUGUAAAAUUUAUUUAUUUAUCUAAAUUAAGCUCGAGAUCAUUUUAUAAA